UCCUAUGUUAUUGGAUUUAUUAAUGGUUUGGGGCGAUUUUAAUGCAGUCGUCCAAAAUUUGUGUCUCACUGCUCAUUCUGUUAAUACAAUUAUUAAAUUUAGUUUUACUGUCAAAAAGAAGAAAUUAAUUAAGAGUAUGGUGUUAAUUAUGCAACACAAUUGGGAUACUUCUAUAUCGUCGAAAAUGACGGAAAAGCAAAAAAAUAUUCUUUACAGUCAUGCUCGUUUUGCAUUGUACAUUACUAAAGGAUUUAUUGUUUCGGUUUAUUUUUUUCUUUCUGUAAUGUACUUACUGCCUUUCAUUUAUGGAAUUGAAAGUGAUCCAGCUCGUAACAAACGUUAUCCAUUUUCCUCCUGGUAUUAUUGGGAUAAAAAUUCAGAUGUUGUUUAUGCUAUCGCUUAUUUUAUCCAGGUAGUUGUUGGACUGUUUUUGGGUAUUAGCUAUUCCUUAGGAAUGGAAAGUUUCUGUUGUACAGCAGUUUAUCAUACAUGUGCACAAUUGAGUAUACUUCAAACUGAAUUAUUGAAAAUUGGCACUGGAGCGAAUUAUUCAAAAACAGUAGUGAGGGAUCUUAUUGUAAAACAUAAAAUGCAUAUUAGGACAAUUCAGAUAUUAAAUACUAUUUUUAGAGAAUCGUGUUUAAUUCAAUUACUUACUAGUUGUACUUCUGUCUGCUUCACUGGUUUUCAAUUAAUAAUUAUUGUAACCAGUAGUUCUGUAGAUUUCAAUGGCGCCAUAUUCUACGCAGGAUUUAUUCUUUCGAACUUAUUUCAAAUUCUCAUGUACUGUUGGCCAAGUGAUGAUUUAAUGGACCAGAGUUCGAAAAUCGGAAUGUUUGCCUAUCAAUCAUUUUGGACGAAUUUAACACCAACUAAUUCAAAAUUACUCACGCUGCUAAUACUGAGAGCUCAAAAGCGUCUUGUACUUUCUGCCGGAGGUAUAUAUGAGAUGAAUUUGCAAAAUUUCACUGCGGAAUUAUUGAGAACAAUGAAGACUAAUUUUGAUAGUUGCUUAUCAAAAUCAACAUCGAAGGAGCAGAGAAUAAUUCUUCUUGACCAUGCAAAUUUUGCACGUACAGUUACGAAAUAUUUCCUUUUCAGUGUGUAUUUUGUUGAAAGUUUAUUUUUUUUAGUACCAUUUAUUUAUGGAAUAGACACUGAUCCUGUUCGUCAUAAACGUUAUCCGUACUGUUCUUGGUAUUAUUAUGAUCAGUAUUCAAAUGUUAUUUACGCAUUUUGUUAUGGAAUUCAGGUAUUAUUCGGAAUGUGUCUUGGCUUGAGUUUUUUAGCUGGAAUGGACAGUUUCAUUUUCGUUGCAAUUUGGCAUUCUUGCGCUCAAUUGAGUAUUCUUCAGAUUAAAAUUUUGAAACUUGGCGAGGCUUCUUUAGUUUCACCGAAACUAAUAGAGAGUAUUGUUUACAGUCAUAAUAGUCAGAUCAGACUCGUUCAUAUAUUCAACAAAUUAUUUAGUAAAUUAUGUCUAUAUCAACUUCUGACAAGUGGCUUUGUCAUAUGCUUUUCUGGAUUUCAAUUUAUCAUGUCUUUAAAUAGCGAAGACUCGGAUUAUCAGGGAACCGUUUUAUAUUUCGGCUAUUUGAUCGUUAAUUUAUUUCAAAUUCUAUUGUACUGUUGGCCAAGCAAUGAAUUAAUGGAAAAGAGUUUUGGAGUUGGAAAUGCUGCCUAUCAAUCUUUGUGGACCAAUUUACAUCAUCAUUCUUCGAAGGCCAUUAUUUUAAUGAUAUUAAGAGCUCAAAAUCCUCUGGUAAUUAGCGCAGGAGGAAUGUACGACAUGAAUUUGCAGAACUUUACCAAAAUUGUUAAAACAUCAAUGUCAUUUUUGUCUCUUUUGAGAGCUAUGAUGGUGUCGAGUCAUUAAAAUCAGUAAUAUUUAAUAUUGAUAAUAUCAUCUUUCAUUCCUCUAUUAUGGGAAUGAAAUUUAUUAUCAUUUAAAGUAGUAAUAAAUAUUAUUAACUUUUUAUCGAGAUUAUAAUAUUUUAAUCCUAUUGCUGUAAUAAGAAAAACUAUUGCACGAAAUAUGAAUAUCGAUAUUAAUUUGCAAUCGAUUUCAGAUUAAUCAAUUUUU